AUGGCCCCAAACCCCUGUAUCGUCAUAGUCGGCGCCGGGAUCGCCGGGCUCUCGCUAGCCAUCAUGCUUGAGCGUGCUGGGAUGCACCGCUACGUGAUUCUCGAACGUGCAAAUGAAUACCGGUCCCUUGGGAGUGCUAUCGUCCUCAGCGCGAUGAUGCUCCGAUGCUUUGAACAGUUGGGCCUGUUGGAAGAACUGAUUGCGGUCUCGAAACCGACGACGGGGGCGGUCUUCUUGGACGAGGAUAUGAAGUUUAUUGGGAGUCUGCCUUGUAUCUUUAUUGGGCAACGAUACGGAUACUUCAACAUCAUCCUGACGCGUCCAAAUUUCCACAAAAUCCUACAACGCCACGUCCCCAUCCACAAAGUCCACUUCUCCAAGAAGGUUCUCGAGGUCACCCAGACCAGCGAACGGGCCCAGAUCCGUUGCUCAGACAACUCAAUCAUCCAUGCCGAUAUUGUCAUCGGCGCCGAUGGAGCCUACUCGGGGAUCCGUCAAUCCAUGUACCGGUCUAUUUUGGCACAGUCUCGGAAACCGAAUAAUGUCCGGUUGGAGAAACGAGGUCUUGUUUCGACUCUCAAGAAACUCUCAUCCGCGGCUACUUCGUCGUCGUCUUCGUCAUUGUUGCCUUCGUCUGCUUCGACAUCUGCCGCGCUGUCAUCCGCCGGGGUAUCGUCGCUGUCGGGUUUAGGCGGUGCGUCGGUAUCAUCGGCAGCCUCGAUGGCAUCCUUCUCAACCUCAGCUUCAAUCGCCUCAACCGCGACGGCGAUGACCGCCGCUUCCUCUGCGUCCAAACACGGUGGCGGAGUGAACCGUCGUGGCGAGGUCCGAUUACCCAAAUCGGACCAGGAGCCGUUGCGGUUCGACCAGCAUGCGAUGGUGGGAAUCACCAACCCCUUGGACCCGGAGAAGUAUCCGUUCCUAAAAGAUAAGAGUUGUCAGGCUAUUACUAUUCUACCCAAAUCUGGGUUCUCGGUGUGGUUGUUUCCGGUGACAGAGAACAGAAUCUGCUGGGGUCUAGUCGCAAAAGACUUUGUACCCUCGAACGAAAAGGGUGGCCAAGGUACUUCUGGCGCGGGUAGCAGCAGUACCCGCCAGCAGCAACCCAACUUCAAGGUCUCCGAGUGGGGACCCGAGACGGUCAACGAGAUCAUGCAGCUCAAGAGUGUCCGUGAACAGAAGAGUCCUUACGGUGGUACCAUGGCCGAUAUCUAUGACCAGACACCUAAAGGCACUCCCUUACGGUUCAUGAUCGAAGAUAAGGCCUUCAAGACGUGGUACUACAUGAGAACGGUGUUGGUCGGAGACGCAUGCCACAAGAUGGUACCCUUUGCAGGCGUUGGAGCAGUGAACGCGAUUAUGGACUGCAUCGUGCUCGUCAACUGUCUCUACGACAUGCCCGACGGUGACGCCUUCACUUUCGCCGAUAUCACCGUCGCCUUCCAAUCCUACUAUGCUCAGCGCGCCGAUGCCGCCAUAGCCGCCGUCAAGGGCUCCAACAAGGUCUCCGCCAUGGUCGGUUCAAACAGCCCCCUCAGUCUCAUGCUUUGUAAAGCGAGCAUUGCGAGCAUGCCCGAGGCGUUGAUUUCUUUGGCGGCGGAUCGGAUCUUUGCAUCGAGGCCGAUUUUGACGUUCUUGCCGUUCGUCCCGGAUUAUGGGGAGCGCAAAUCGAAUCCACAGCCGUUAGGGAGACGAGAUCGGGAGGAGUUGAAAGUCUUGAGGGAGAGUGAGAGGGUGGAUCGGAUUGAGGCUGCGAGGGUGAAGAAGGAGGAGAGGAAGUUGAAGAAGGCAAAGUUUAAGCCGGGUGCGAACCUCCUCCGAAUCGUUGGUGUCGGUGGCAGCGCUUGUGGUAGUGGUAGUGGUAGUAACAGCAAGCCUGGUGGAACAAGUCGGAUCCUGAAGGCGUCUUCUGCAGCGUCGCCUUAUAUGUCGACGCCAUCGGUUGCCACGAUCACUUCAUCUGCAUCUCUCUAUGCCUCGCGCCAUCAUCAUCUACCACGUCCUUUCCAGCAGCAGCAGCGGCUCCCGGGGCACAACUAUCUAGAUGGCACUGCACCCGUCGGCGUCAACAGCCCACUAAGUUCCUCCUCCUCGCCCUCCUCCUUUGAUCGACUCAGCUACGACAAGAGCCCUUCAUCUACCGAGCAACAUUUCUCCUCAGAGAGCCGAGAUUCUUCAUACGACAACAGUUACGAUGACGGCGACACCGAUUCGAUGUUCUCAUUCUCCAGUCGAUACACGCUCCCCUACGACUCGGAAGUUCUCUCCUCCCAGUACUAUACCGGUCGACGAGGCAUCUACCCCUACCUGGACCCCAGCGGUCGUUCUCGUUGGUCUCCAUCGCCAUCACCCUCACAAACAUCCUUGGCGUCGUCCACUGCAAUGAAGUCUUCUGCGACGGCGCCUUUGACGACAGAAGCGGUUGCCUCGCUGAACCGGAGGGACUCUUCUGCUUCGAUCUUGUCGACGUUGUGGAAACGGUAUGGUCGUCGGAAUACCAGCCGGCCUCUGUCGUCAGUGUCAAUCCAGUCGUCGACCAUUAGUGGGGUUGGCUUCCGUGGGUUCACGGGUGGUGCGUUCCUAGUCAAUAAUGUUACCGGCGCCUUCGGUGCAGAUGAUGACAACAACCGACAGGCGCCGAAUAUGUACGACGACGGUGAUGACGAGGUGCUGAUGGUGGUACAGAACCACUCUGCUGCUGCUGGUUUGGAUGUCCAAGGUGGGGUCGACUUUGAUGUCUCCCCUCCUUCGUCAGAGUCCUCCUCGCUCAUCUCUUCAAGGCCCCUCAGUGUGACCGCCAGCCAAAAUGAUGUCUGUUUGUCGUCCUCGUCCUCAUCCUCGUCGUCGCCUUCAUACCCUCCCUUAUCCACCGGCAGCAUAACCACCCCAUCUGCUGCUGCGUUUGUUCGAGAUGGAGAGAAGGAAGCGGUAGACGAGGAACUCUACAAUCGAACGACGAUGACGAACAACGAGGAGGAGUACGAAGAGCAAAUGGAGCAUGCGGGUCGGGCCAUCUCGCAUUACUUUGGCAACGACUAUCGAGUGGAAUUUACGCGCAAGGCGACCUUCAAGAUGCCAUCCCAUCCUCCUCCUCCUCCUGCUCCUGCUUCCAAUGCUGUUCCCGUUGCUAGUUCCGGGGUUAGUACAAGUACCAUCACCGUCACCUUCACCAGCACAAAACCACUACCGUCAUUACCCAAGACUAUGAUGACGGUGACUCCUCCUCAUCCCCCUUCUCCUACAACGAUGACAGCAACAGCAAUACCACUUUAA